AUGGCUGACUUCACCCUUGAGAGCGGGCAAGAUGUGCUGAGAAAUUACAAAUUCCACACUGGUAUGGUUCGACACCAGUUUUGCGGGGAGUGUGGUAGUAGUUGUUUUAUCGUCCCAGAUCAGCCUGAUCCUCCAUUUCUUGUUGUGAAUGUUCGGAUGCUGGAGGACUUUGAUCAGGAUAAGCUGGUUCUGAACAAGGUCGAUGGUUGGUCGUAUGGUGAGGCAUACAAGCCUUCUAAGUAA